AUGCCGGAUCUGCAGUCGGCGCGCCUGCUCGACUUCAUCGGCAAGAUGCCCAUCGACCAGGACGCCCUCGACUUCUUCGCCACCGUCCCCCACGCAAACGCCUACCUCGACCGCAGCGGCCACGACGGCCUGAUCCCGGUUCCCUUUUACAGCCGCGCGCCCAAGGUCGACGGCGCCGACACCUUCUUCGGCGAGACGCUGCGGUCCCGCGACACCAUCCCGCACGCGGUCCUCCUGCUGCGCGCCGACAUUGCGCGCCUGACGUACGAAUUUGACGGCCACGACGACGACGACCGCCCGGACACGGUGGCGCUCUUCCAUAUCGGGACCAAGCUCAACGGCUAUCGAGACACGACGCACGGUGGGCUCCUGGCGUCGCUGCUCGACGAGGUCGUGGGCUUCAACGUGGACGGCCUGUGCAGCUGCAUCGAGGCGGCGGCGACGGCGGCGGGAGAACAGCAGACGUCGUCGAGAAAUAGGCUGUACACGGCGUACCUCAACACCACCUACAAGAAGCCCGUGUCGCCGGGCGCCUACGCGGUGGAAUCACGGCUGGUACGGCGCGAGGGCAGGAAGUGGUUCCUGAGGGGGCGCGUUGUCGGUGCCGAGGGCGCGGUGCACGCCGAGGCGGAGGUCUUGUACAUUCAAUCUCGCGACAGCGUUUUAUAG